CUGCAAUUCGGCAUUUUCCUCAUUUUAAAACUGUGCGUCACUUUCAUGCUAGUUCUUGUAUAAAAAAUGCUUGAACCCCAUGUUACUUUCUCCCAAGCUUAGCCUUUCUUCCUGGUAUUUUCAAUCCCGAGCUCGGUUGCAGAGAAAUCAAUGGGUGUCUUCAAGUGGGUCUUUUUUAUUUUUGUCCUUAACUUUUUCUGCUCAAAACCCGCUUUCUCAGGUUCUUCCUCAAGCUCAAAUGGGCUCUCGGGAAUCCCCAAAAGGUUUCUCCAAUUUGCCAAGAAGCCAGAACUGUUUGAUUGGAUGGUGGGAAUCAGAAGGAAGAUACAUGAAAACCCAGAAUUGGGUUUUGAGGAAUUUGAGACCAGUGAGCUUAUCAGAGCAGAAUUGGAUAAGAUGGGUAUUCGCUAUAAGUACCCGGUUGCAGUUACUGGUGUUAUCGGCUACGUUGGGACCGGUGGACCGCCUUUUGUGGCCGUAAGGGCUGAUAUGGAUGCACUUUCUAUGCAGGAACUGGUGGAGUGGGAGCACAAGAGUAGAAAUCCUGGGAAGAUGCAUGCUUGUGGGCAUGAUGCCCAUGUUUCAAUGCUUCUUGGAGCUGCAAAGAUCCUUCAAGAGCAUCGCGAGGAGUUAAAGGGCACAGUUGUGCUUGUUUUCCAACCAGCUGAGGAAGGUCGUGGAGGGGCUAUGAAGAUGAUUGAUGAUGGAGUGUUAGAAAAUGUAAAUGCUAUCUUUGGCUUGCAUGUUGCACCUAACUUCCCUGUAGGUGAAGUUCACUCCAGAGCUGGUCCCAUAGGGGCUGGGAGCGGCUUCUUCGAAGCUGUAAUAAGUGGAAAAGGAGGUCAUGCAGCCAUUCCUCAGCACUCAGUAGAUCCAAUAUUGGCAGCUUCUAAUGUGAUUGUUAGCUUACAACAUCUUGUUUCACGGGAAGCCGAUCCACUGGACCCACAGGUAGUUACUGUUGCAAAAUUCCAGGGAGGUGGUGCAUUCAAUGUCAUUCCAGAUUCGGUAACGAUUGGUGGCACCUUUCGUGCAUUUUCAAGGGAAAGUUUUAUGCAACUGCGACAGCGGAUUGAGGAGGUCAUCACAGGGCAGGCUGCUGUGCAGAGGUGCAAUGCAACUGUGAAUUUUUUUACAGCAGACAAACCCUUCUUCCCUCCAACCAUAAACCAUGAAGGCUUGCAUGAGCAUUUCCUUAAUGUCACAGGAGAUAUGCUUGGCAUAGAUAAAGUCAAGGACUUGAAACCAUUGACAGGAUCAGAGGAUUUUGCGUUUUACCAAGAGGUAGUACCUGGAUACUUCUUCUUACUUGGAAUGGCGAAUGAGACUCGUGGACGGCUCGAGUCAUUGCAUUCGCCGUACUUCCAAAUUAAUGAAGAUGCAUUUCCUUAUGGUGCCGCACUUCAUGCGUCGUUGGCUGCUACAUAUCUCCUUGAACUCCAACCGGAAGUUUCUUUCUCAGACAGAAAACAUCAUGAUGAAUUGUAAAUGCUUUUGGCACGACCAAAUUUUCAUCAGGCAUCAGCCUUAAAUUCAAAAAUGCUUCAGCUGUAGAUGACUUGUUGAAGUCAUUAAUUAGUGUCAAAUACUUUAGGUUCGUUAGUGUAAGCUCUGUUGAUUUAUUAUGUUUAGCGAUAAAGUUGUCAGUUUCCACAUCUUCAA